AUGGCUGCCGCCCUCUUCAAGGUGGUGCGCCCGGAAGAUUUCGGUGGUGAGAAGAGCCAGGUGACGGAGCUGGUGAGCGAGUUCUUGGGCACUUACAUGUUGGUCCUGACCGUCGGCCUAAACGUCCUUGGCAGCUCCAAGGCAGCCGCCUUCUCCAUUGCCGCUGGGCUCACCUCCAUGAUCUAUGCCUUGGGCGACGUCUCCGGCGCUCACUUCAACCCGGCCGUCACCGUCGCAAUCCUUGCCUCGGGUCGCUGCCCCGAGCUGACGCCUGCCAAGGCGGGAACGUAUGCAGGAGUCCAGAUCGCAGGAGGCAUCGCGGCGGCGCUGACCUACGCCUUCAUCUACCAGGGUGCCACCUUCGGCUUGGGACCUGUUGGCUCCAGCACCUGGGCAGGCGUGUCCGUGGCAGAGAUCGUCUACACCUUUGUGCUUUGCUUCGUGGUGCUCUGCGUCGCCGUCUCCGAGCGCACCAAGGCUUCCCACCUCUUCGGUCUCGCCAUCGGCUCCUGCGUCACCGUCGGCGGCUUCGCCAUCGGCGGCAUCUCCGGCGGAUCCCUCAACCCGGCCGUGUCGUUUGGCAUUGCUGCGGCCAACAUCCUCAACGGUGGCGUGUUCUACAAGGCUUUCAUUUACUCUGCCCUGGAGCUGAUGGGUGCGGCGGCUGCUGCCGGCGUCUUCAUGGUGACCCAUGAGGUUGAGACCGCCGUGGCGGAGAAGAAGGAAGUGGACGCCUGA